UCCAGAGAUCAUAAUUCUAUUGGACCUCAUUUGAUUCGCUUGACAUCAAAUCUAUAUCCCUGAAGCCGAAUCCUCGGCCAAAGCCAACUGAAAGCCCAUUUCUCUUCCACAGAAGCUCCCAGCAUCUACCCGCGAGGAUCGGCAGCAGAAACUGAACCCAAAAAUAUCAAAUGGCAGCAACCGUAGCAACAAUGGCCAUGCUAAAUGCAAAAUGCCUGAGCAUCAGCUCAACCAAGAUGAUCAACCCAACAAAGCCAACUGCAAAACCCAUCUCCCUUCUCUCCAUGCAGAACCUCCCCAAUGGCCUCACCAUCUCAAAACCAGCUGACAACCCAAACCUCCCGUCUUCACUAGCGGGCACUGCUAUUGCUGGAGCUAUCUUUUCAACCUUGAGCUCAUGUGAUCCUGCCUUUGCUGCACAACAGAUUGCUGAAAUAGCUGAGGCAGAUAACCGUGGGCUGGCUCUAUUGCUUCCCAUAAUCCCAGCCAUAGCUUGGGUGCUCUUCAACAUCCUCCAGCCAGCACUUAAUCAGCUGAGCCGAAUGAGGAGCACCAAAGGGGUGAUCAUUGGACUAGGGCUUGGAGGAUUAAUUGCAUCAGGGUUUAUGUCAACACCAGAGGCAUCAGCCAAUGAAAUCGCCAUGAUUGCUGACGCUGCAUCUAGUGACAACAGGGGCACCCUUCUCCUUUUCGUUGUAACUCCAGCUCUCCUUUGGGUGGCCUACAACAUUCUGCAACCGGCUUUGAACCAGCUUAACAGGAUGAGGUCUCAGUGAGAUAUGAUUUUGUUUGGGGUGCGGCGGCAUGUAAAUUACCUGUAAUUGCACCUUAUGUUAAUGAAACUCUAUUUUACUUAAAACAAAAUUUUAUUACCUGUAUUGAAAAUCAGAGAAUUUUUACGUUAUUAUCAUGACAUGUUAAUUGCUUCAAUAUUAGUACUAUAUAUAUGUGUGAUGUGAAAUAAUGGGGUUCCUCCAUUGUAAGUUAAUGUAAUAAUGAAUAGCAUAAAAAAGCUUUCCAAUAUGUUAAUGCUUGAAGA